AUGAAUACUACUAAUGUAGAAGACAACGACGUAAAUGACACUGGAACGACUAGUGAAGGUCCCUCGUCCGGCAGGUGUCCUGUGGAUCAGCAGCACAGGCCCAGUCGUCAUGCUACUGCUGAAGCUAUAAGAUUGAAAUGGACGAAAGAAAUCAAUUUUGUUUUAAUGGAGUGCUUUUAUUUAAGUAAGCCGUUUAGCGAAAAUGGAAAACCUCAACGAGGAUACCGACAGCGAAUGCAUAGGAUCUGGAAUGAGAGAGGAGUAUUUCCCGCAAAAGAACAAAGAAUUUGCGAUCAAGCUAGAGCAAUAAGGAAGAAAGGUUGGUUAACAGACAUUGAACUGGAGAGUAUAAAAUAA